AUGACGACGAAAGACAGAAAAGAGGAUAAAAUCGUCAGGAUCCCACCGGAGGUGACUCGAUUGCUCUACGUUAGGAACGUUCCGUUCAAAGUAACGAGCGAGGAGAUGUACGAUAUAUUCGGCAGGUACGGUGCGAUUCGCCAGGUUCGUAUCGGCUGCACCAAGGCCACGAGAGGCACGGCCAUAGUUGUUUACGAAGAUAUCCAGGAUGCGAAGAAGGCCGUCGACAAUCUCUCUGGCUUCAACGUCACGAAUCGGUACCUCAUCGUCACUUACUACCACCACGCGAAGAUGAACAAGAAGGUCGACCUGAACAAGGGCGAAGAAGAUGUCGCCAAGUUGCAGGAGAAGUAUGGAGUCUCUACCAAAGAUAAGUAA